UAUCGCGUGGUGGGGAUCAUCCAUAUUGCUGGUAGUGGUGGAGAUAAGGUUGUAAUUCUGCGAGGCCCUCGGACACGUUUCUUUAUUUUUUUUACAUAUGUUUUAAUUCGGCGCUGACUACUCUGCGUCUAGACUGAAGCUGUUUUGGUCUAGCAGCGACAGAGGAGCGCCAGACUCCGCGGAGCAACUUCAGAUUUUCUUGAAAUUGUAGGCGAAUUCGGGCCGGGGGGAGGACUGGUAAUCCUGAAGGGGGGAGAAAGACGGCGGUGGGAAAUGGCCACUCAGGUGGAGGCUCUCCUGCCUGGCAACCCGCUUUCAAAAGCGGAGGAGCACGGUAAAGUGAUCCGCGGUGAGCCGGAGGAUGAGGGAGGCGACGGGGCCAAGCGGCAGACGGGUGUCGCCGAGCAGGGGAGCAGUAGCAGCGGCGGCAGCAGCCCAGGGCAGGGAGGGACCCCCGAAACGGAGGAGCAAACCUCCAAAGAGGCGACAGAGGAGAGCAAAGGGGGUUGUGAAAGCGAAGAGAAGCAGAACGAGGAAGGUGUUAAAAGCAGAAAGGAGUUUCCUGAAGCUCCCCCACCCAAGGUGAACCCGUGGACUAGGAAAACGAGUGCGGGGACCGUGGUCAACAUGAAUGGACAAGCACACCACGAGUCUACCGGCCCCGCCAAGGUGGUGAGAGCAGGGAACCCACCCAAAGCCAGGCGUGGAGGAAAGGUUGGAGAUUUUGCCGACGCCAACAGCUGGCCGACUCCUGGGGAGAUUGCAACUAAAGACAUGCAGAUCGAGGCAGUGACACGGACCGUGUCCUGCCCGCCGACUGUCAGGCAGGUCAGAGACUCAUGGAGAUCCACUGCUCCUAAGAAGACAACCGUCAAGAAGGAGUCAAAGGAGUCGAAGGAGAAGAGGGAGAGCAAGGAGGAGAGCAAGGAGAACCUGAAGGCCAAGUCGGACGACUCCGGAGAGGAGAAGAAUGGAGACGAUGACUCCCAGAAGAACGGACCGAAGAAAAAAGGAAAUAAGCAGAAGUGGGUUCCCCUGAUGAUUGAAGUGAAGUCCGAGGGUCCCAGGGAGCGCUCGGCCUCCAGGAACAACAGCAGGCAGAACGAAAUCCCCCGUCUGCCUCCCAAUGCCAGGAACGAUCUCAGAGACUGGCACAGUCAAAAGUACGAGCGGGAGUGGCGUGACGACCACGACGAGGUGUCCAGUGUGAAGAGUGAGGGAGCCCCGUUCCGCGGAGGGUUCAGAGGGCGUGGACGUGGAAGAGGAAGAGGUCGGGGACGAGGCAGAGGCGGGAGAGGCCAUUUUGACUACCACUACGGCUACAAGUCAUACGAUACGAAAGACGGACCCUAUGCCCAGAAGUUUGGCAACACGGUGACCUACUACUACGACAACAUGAGCAGCAACGACCUCUACUCCGUCGACCAGGACCUGCUGAAAGACUACAUUAAGAGGCAGAUUGAGUACUACUUCAGCCUGGACAACCUGGAGCGUGACUUCUUCCUGCGGAGGAAGAUGGACCAGGAGGGCUUCCUGCCCGUCGGACUCGUCGCCAGUUUCCACAGAGUGCAGGCCCUCACUACCGACGUCAACGUCAUCAUGGAAGCUUUGAAGGACAGUAAGGAAGUGGAAGUGAUUGACAUGAAGAUCCGUCGGAGGGUGGACCCGGAGAAGUGGCCUCUGCCAGGCCUUGCCAUGCUCAACCAAACCCAUACCGAUUUCUCCCAGCUCAUCAACUGCCCCGAGUUUGUCCCAAGGCAGAUGACCGAGGAGACCACAGGCUCUUCCAGGGCCUCCACACCAGCUAAGCAACACGGCAAGACUGAACUAGACACCUCUAACCUCAAGACGAUGCCCAAGGGCCUCUCCGCCAGCCUCCCCGACCUGGACUCUGAGUGCUGGAUCGAGGUCAAGAAGAGACCCAGACCUUCCCCGGCCAGACCCAAACUCAGCGCAGAGAAGGCCCCGUCGUUGCAGAAGGAAAGGGACGACUCGAUUCAAUCCCCGGUACCUCAGUCCGGCUCCUCACCCUCGCCUGCUACCACAGGAAAUAAGGACGGAGCGGAGCAGGACGAACCGGAGGAGCUCGACUUCAUGUUCGACGAGGAGAUGGAGCAGAUGGACGGACGGCGCAACACCUUCACCGACUGGUCGGAUGAGGAGACGGACGGCGAGAUCGACGACCACGACGUCAACAAGAUCUUGAUCGUGACGCAGACGCCACCCUACCUGAGGAAGCACCCUGGGGGCGACCGCACGGGACACCACACAUCGCGCGCCAAGCUGUCCAGCGAGCUGGUCAAAGUGAUCAACGACGGGCUCUUCUACUACGAGCAGGACCUGUGGGACGACACGUAUGAACCCGAGUACGCCACCAUCAAGCAAGAGGUGGAGAACUUCAAGAAGGUCCACCUGAUCAGCCGGGAAGAAUUUGACUGCCUGACCCCUGAACCCCCUGUCGACCCCAAACAGGAAGUCCCUCCUGGCCCCCCAAGACACAAGCAGAUCCCCACAGACGCUUUGGCAAACAAACUCUUUGGGGCCCCCGAGCCCUCCUCAAUAGCUCGCUCGCUCCCGACUACCGUGCCUGACUCGCCCAACUACCGCAGUGCCCGAACGCCCCGCACGCCUCGCACACCUCACCGGAAGGACCAGACUAUGACACCGCGCUUCUACCCAGUGGUGAAGGAAAGUCGACCUGUGGAUGCUAAGACACCCAGGAAGAGGAAGACCCGGCACAGCUCCAACCCACCCAUGGAGUGUCACGUUGGCUGGGUAAUGGACUCCAGAGAGCAUCGCUCCCGUACUGCCUCCGUCAGCUCUAAUGCCAGCCCAUCGGAGGGCAUCCCUGCCCUGGGUAACAUUGGUUGCACACCUCAGUCUCUCCCUAAAUUCCAGCACCCAUCACACGAGUUGCUCAAGGAGAACGGCUUCACGCAACACGUCUACCACAAGUACCGUCGGCGCUGCCUAAAUGAGCGAAAGCGGCUGGGAAUCGGCCAAUCACAGGAGAUGAACACACUCUUCCGCUUUUGGUCAUUUUUCCUGCGGGAUCACUUCAACAGGAAGAUGUACGAGGAGUUCAGACAGCUGGUGGUCGAGGACGGGAAAGAAGGAUAUAGGUACGGUUUGGAGUGCCUGUUCAGGUACUACAGCUACGGUCUUGAGAGGAAGUUCAGGCCAGACAUCUUUAAAGACUUCCAGGAAGAGACAACAAAAGACUACGAGGCUGGCCAGCUUUACGGACUAGAGAAGUUCUGGGCCUUUCUUAAAUACUCCAAAGCCAAGACCUUGGAGAUCGACCCCAAGCUGCAGGAGUACUUGCACAAGUUUAAGCGUCUGGAAGAUUUCAGAAUUGACCCGCCUAUGGAAGAAGGACGUCGCAGAAGGCACUCGUCCAGUGGGGACGGUCGCCGCCGGCACCCCUCUCAGCCCUCCAGCCGACCCCACAGCCAGGCCAGCACCGGCCCCAGCCUCGCCCAGGGCCCUGCAGCCAAGGAUGAUGCCAAACCCGCCAGCCAGAAAGCCCCAGCUGCUGACCCUACUCCAGAUGCCAAGACACUGAAGUAACUCCACAAACACAUCGGCCCACAUGGAUCAACUCAACCAAGUCUGCAAGUCGCUGGUUCUUUCUGCGCCACAGGAGGGGGGAGGGGCAACCAGUUCUUCAUUCAAGCAUGAUAAUAGUUUUUUUACUACAAUGACUUUUGAUUGAGAAACUAGGAAGACAAAUAAUUAAUAUGGCUUGCUUUAUUAAUUAGUUCUAAGUUUUUGAGGAAAAAAUACCUUUUCUGUCUUGACGAGGCAAUGAAUGAAUGGAUGGGGUGUCGAACACUUUUUUCCUAUUUUACAAAUCAUUGCCAGUCCACACAGUAGUUGGUUCAGUGGUGAUUUAUAACCCUGGAAAUUGUUCUUUUAUUUUCUAAAUUUUCAUGUUGACCCCCCCCCCCCUCACUUGGGCCCCUCUUUGAUCGCCACUGUCCUGCUGGCUGAAAGAUAUUUUGAUUCCCCCCCAGAUCUAUUAUUAUAAUUUCUUCAGCAUGUGGUGAGAUUAGAGACUUGGAAAUAGUUUGAACAAGACUGAGCAUCUGAAAGCCGCGCUAGAGACCACGCUGCAGGCCGUGCUGCUUCUGAUAUCCAACCGGACCAAAGUGGUUUCAACCAAGCGACUGGCGUUCCAUCCGCAGAGCCCCCAGUGCUCUCAGUUGAGGGGCUCAACAAUUCAAAAUAUUUGAUUUACUUCAUGGCUUGACAUUGAGGGGAAAAUAUUAAAGAACCAAAUGAUAAAAAGAGAGGAA